AUGAAUAUGACUGUCACAGCCUGGGAGACCAAUCUCACAACAACAUAUGGAAGUGUUCAGGCCGUUCAUCAACAUUAUACAGAGAUCAUAAUUCUGCAAAUACUGACAGUCAUCGUGGCCCUGGUGGGGCUGGCAGGGAACGCGAUGUUGCUCUGGCUCCUGGGCUCCCGCAUGCGCGGGAACGCCUUCUCUGUCUACAUCUUCAACCUGGCGGGGGCCGAUUUCCUCUUACUCUGCUGUCUAUUUAUACGUGCCCUAGGUUUACUUUUUGACUUGAGUUUUGACAGUACAGUAAUGGGCGGCUUUGUCUUUGCUGUGUCAGUCUUUGCCUACAUCUCAGGCCUAGGCUUUCUCAGCACCAUCAGCACGGAGCGCUGCAUGUCUGUCUUGUGGCCCAUCUGGCACCGCUGCCGCCGCCCCAGACACCUGUCCCCUGCCCUGUGUGCCCUGCUCUGGGCCCUGUCCCUGCUGCUGAGCAUGCUGGAAGGGUACUACUGUGGCUUCCUGAUUAGCAAUAUGCAUGAAGUUUGGUGUCCAGUGUUGGAUUUCAUCACUGUGGCGUGGCUGAUUUUGUUAUUUGUGCUGCUUUCUGGGUCCAGUCUGGCCCUGAUGACCAGACUGUUGUGUGGCUCCCACCGAGUGCCACUAACCAGGCUCUAUAUGACCAUCGUGCUCACAGUGCUGGUCUUCCUCCUCUGUGGCCUGCCCUUCGGCAUCAUCUGGUUCCUCUUAUUCUGGUUUCGAAGUGAUUCAAAGACGGUCUUCUGUCUUUACCUGAUUGCAAUACUCAUGUCCUGUAUCAACAGCUGUGCCAACCCCAUCAUUUACUUCUUCGUUGGCUCCUUCAGGCAGCGAUGGUGGAAGCAGAGACACACCCUGAGGCUCAUUCUUCAGAGGGCUCUUCAGGACACUCCUGAGGUGGAUGAACCUGGUGAAAGCCUUCCUGGGGAAACCCUGGACAUGACGGGAAGCAGUCUGGUACAGGGAUGA